AUCACCCUUGCUAAUCACUACUCACAGUGACCUCAAGUCCUGCAGGCAUGUACAGCAUGCAGCUCGCAUCCUGUGUUGCACUGACACUUGUACUCCUUGUCAACAGUGCACCCACUUCAAGCUCUCCAACGGAAGCACAGCAACACCUGGAGCAGCUGUUGAUGGACUUGCAAGCACUCCUGAGCAGGAUGGAGAAUUACAAGAACGUGAAACUCCCCAGGAUGCUCACAUUUAAAUUUUUCUUGCCCAAGCAGGCCACAGAAUUGAAAGAUCUUCAGUGCCUACAAAAUGAACUUGGAGCUCUGCAGCGUGUGCUAGAUUUGACUCAAAGCAAAAGCUUUCAAUUGGAAGAUGCUGAGAAUUUCAUCAGCAAUAUCAGAGUAACUGUUAUAAAACUAAAGGGCUCUGAAAACACAUUCAAGUGCCAAUUCGAUGAUGAGUCAGUAACUGUGGUGGAAUUUCUGAGGAGAUGGAUAGCCUUCUGUCAAAGCGUCAUCUCAACAAUGACUCAAUAAUUAUGUGCCUCCUACUUACAACACACAAGGCUUUCUAUUUAUUUAAAUAUUUAACUUUAAUUUAUUUUUGGAUGUAUUAUUUACUAUCUUUUGUAACUACUAGUCUUCAGAUGAUAAAUAUGGAUCUUUAAAGAUUCUUUUUGUAAGCCCCAAGGGCUCAAAAAUGUUUUAAAUUAUUUAUCUAAAAUUAUUUAUUAUAUUGAGUUGUUAAAUAUCAUGUGUAUGUAGAUUCAUUAAUAAAUGUAUUUAGAAGAGUCAAUGAAUAUAAAUAAACUCAGAUGUCUGUCAUUUUUAGGACAGCACAGAGUAAGC